UGCCAAUAGCAGGUAUGUGGGUUUUGUUUUUUUUUUCUUUUUUAAAAAAAAUCAGACUCACUUUCUUCUAAUUUGUUGUUCAUGUUACUUAUUGGGAGAAAUUGCAGGACAGAAGACCUGAAUAUACCCACUCACUAAACCAAAGUGAUGAUGUUGUGGAUUGUGUGUCUGCUGAUUGGUGGCAUAACCUGUGCUCCUGUAGAAAAAGACUAUGGAUCAGAAGGUGCUCCUUCAGGAGCCACAAGCUUCAACCCACAGCCAGCUCCUUUGUUUGCUCACUGGGGAGGAGCAGUGAGUUCUGAUGUGGGCAGCUCCUCUUUAUCAAGUCUACCAAUCCCAAGCUCCUAUGUGGCCACUGGAGGUUCUGCUGACAGCGGCUACCCUAGUUUCAGAGAUGAAGGCUAUAGCAGCCCUGGGGUUGUUUAUGCAGCCUCUCACACUGGUGGCUAUGACAGUGGUGCUCCAAGUGCUGGUUAUGGCGGUUAUGGUGGUUAUGGCGGUUAUAGCGGUGGUUAUGGUGGGGGCUAUGGUGGCGGCUAUGGUGGCUCAGCUGGUGGUUAUGCAGUGAGUGGCUCUUACGGUUUUGAUCCAGCCCCUGGAGGUGAAGACUUGAGCGCUGGGCCUGCUGCUGGUGACGGUGCUGGUGUUGAAGCCCCUGAGCCAGUCUUCAGUGACGUGUCUGAUCUGGAGCCAGUCUACUCCUUCGGCUCUCGUUCCAGCUACCAGCGAGGAAGAUCAGUAUUUGCUCAAACCAGCUACAUCCCAGGAGAGCCUGUUCUUCCACCCAUGCCAGUCUACAGACAUGCAGGCAAAACCUCUAAGGUCAGCAGUUCGUCUGAUGUUCCAGCCAAAGGUGGCUUCUGAAGAUUUUUCUGGUCUCCAUGUUUUCAGAUGUCUCACUGCUGCAAAGUGAUCAUAACCAGAUGCCAAUAAACUUGCUUUAAUAAAGUCUUGUGGUCC